AUGUAUAUCUGUAAAAGAGAGAGAGAAGAAGAACCUUAUAGACAUUAAUUAACCUUAUAUGAAAAGAGAGAACUUUGGCAUACACUCCUUGAAAAUAGAGGGAAUGUGAGUUUAGUGGCAUAGAGAAUGGGAAAAUCUUAGGAAAUAAUAGAGUAAGAAAUAUUGGAGAUAUUUGUCGAAUGUUUAUUAAUAGUUAAUGAUCAUUUGGGAUAAAGCAAGAAUGAAGCAAUAAUUUAGAAAUUGAAAGUAGAAAAUGUAGUCUCUGUAAUAUAAUUGGCUUCUAGAAAUAAUUCCUAUUAUACAAGUGUAAAGAAUCUAAACUUAUUAUUAAAUAUGAUUCAAUGUGCAUUACAAUAGGAUGAUUUGGAAAAAAAUUUGAGAGAUUUAUAAAAAUAAUCUAAAUUUGAAUGUUUAUUUUUUGAGAUAAAAUGCUUAUUUUGGGAUCAAAUAAAUGAUCUAUCAGAUGAAGAGUAACCAUAAAUAGUAGUUGUUAAUAAUGAUGCAUAGACUAAUGGAACAUUUAGGGAUAUAUAUAUAGAUUUAGAUUUACAAUAAGAGGAAUAGAACAAAUAAGACAAGAAGAAUAUGAUAUCAGAUAAGCAAUUUUUAACACAUUUAAAUAAAAUAAUGGCAGAUAAAUAGAUUCCAUAUUGGGAAUAAGUAGUAAUUAGAUGGAAUCUUAUGUAAAAUAUAUUUAAUAAUUGA